AUGUCGCCGUCUGAGAAAUAUUACUCACAAGCUGAGCGGGCUCAUCAGCAGAAGUUAUCUGGCCACGGAGACUGCGCCAACCGGCCGUGGCCAGCCCAACGAUACCAAUUCAUCAUCAACAUAUUCAACUACCUUGAUGAUUGUCUGGUCCUUUCCAUCUAUUGUCUCGCUAGACUUCUCCACUGCGUCGUACCGAGCUUCCUGCUCAGACAUGCAUCAAGCAGCUCCCGUGCUGAGAAGAGGAAGCAGACACAGAAAAUCGCCUCGCUCGAUGGGCUACGAGGCAUUGCUUGCCUAUUUGUCUUCCAUGCGCACUAUGCUUACUCUUUUCACAACUGGUACGAAGGAGUGGACAUCGAGAAUAUGAAGACAAGGUUUAUGUACCAGCCUUUUGUCUCACUUCUUUGGUCUGGAGUGGCUAUGGUCGAUAUAUUCUUCUUCAUCUCCGGCUACGUCCUGGUUUCCAAAUCAGUCAGGUUGAUUAGGGAACAGAAUGUGUCUCAGGCAUUCUCGACGAUCUCAUCAGCAGUUUUUCGACGAGCCUUGCGAUUAUACCUACCUUCCAUGGCAAUCAUUCUGAUUUCGGCCAUCUCCGCGCAGUUCGGCCUUUUCAACGCUGGGAACAAGUAUUUCCUCCAUGUUCAUUAUGAUGCCGCCGGGCCAUCUGAGCAACCCCCUCCGCGCCUCGGGUCGCUUGUGGCUCAACUAUAUGAUGGCUUGAAAGACUGCUACCGUUUGACUGACAAUACGAUACCCUGGGGAAAGUUCAAUUUCGCCUACGAGGAGGAUUGGAACGCGCGACCUUCUGGCACCGUGUACGACAAGCAUCUCUGGACAAUACCGGUCGAAUUCAAAUGCAGCAUGCUUAUCUUCAUGAUCCUCAUUGCCACUGCACGACUACGAGCAACGUGGAGGUUGAGCGUCCAUACGCUAUUCUUAGUGAACUGUCUCUUCACCGAGCGGUUUUCAGAGUUUCUCUUCAUUGCCGGCAUGAUAUUUUCCGAACUUGACGCGAUCAGACAAGAGACCGAAUCUAUCAAGAUUAGCGACACCACCAUGACCCUUCUUCGGACCAAUGCAGGCACUCUCCUCAAAAAUGCCAUCAACGUCACUCUCUUCAUCUCUGGGCUGUUUUUGUUGUCGAUGCCCCCAUUAGGAGCGAAUGAAUGGCCACAGUACCAUGCAGUGCUGGAAUGGGUUCCAAAAUAUAUCGUGGAUAAAGACCGCUUUGCCCGAGCAAUUGGCGCCAUCAUGGCAACUUGGCCUGCCUCGACCUCGACGCUCCUUGCACCACUCUUUACAAAUUCAGUCUCACAAUAUCUUGGUCAGAUCUCGUUUGCAUUAUACUUGGUUCACGGACCGGUAAUCAAGUCGAUAUGGUAUGCAUUGCAACCAAAAUUCGCCAGCAUGAUUACGCGAGCACAAAUACCGGAUAUGCAGACCCAUAAUUUUACUUUGCUUUGCCUUCUGGGGUACAUGGUCCUACUUCCCACGGUGAUCUGCUGUGCAGAUCUAUUUUGGAGGACCAUAGAUCAGCGGUCAGUCACUUUCGCUCGGUGGGUGGAAGAUAGAGCCAAAAGGCAAAGAUAA